AUGGACAAAGCAGAAGGAAGGAACCAAACGCCAAUCAUGGAAUUCAUCAUUUUAGGAUUUGGGAUUGGCUCGGAACUGCAGCCCCUCCUCUUCCUGGUGUUUCUAGUGAUAUACAUUGUGAUUGUGGCUGGGAACCUCCUCAUCAUUGCGCUAGUUGUGUCUGAUCACAACCUUCACACCCCCAUGUACUUCUUUCUGGGGUGCUUGUCUUUCCUGGAGAUCUGUUACACUUCCGUCUUCCUGCCCAGGCUGCUGGAUGGGCUCCUGACUGGGGAAAGGACCAUCUGUUACACUUCCGUCUUCCUGCCCAGGCUGCUGGAUGGGCUCCUGACUGGGGAAAGGACCGUUUCCGUUCAGGGCUGCAUCAUGCAAUUAUAUUUUUUUGGCGGCCUGUCAACUACAGAAACUUUUCUUCUCACGGCCAUGUCGUAUGAUCGGUAUCUAGCAAUCUGCCACCCCCUCCGUUAUGCUGCUCUGAUGAAUGGCCGGGUGUGUGGCCACAUGGUGGCAGCGUCCUGGAUAGGUGGCUUUCUGGUUGUUACCCUCGCAAAUAGUUUCUUGUGGCAAUUAACGUUCUGUGGUUCCAGAGAAAUUGACCAUUUCUUCUGUGACUUUUCACCCAUGAUCAAGCUGUCCUGUGAUGACACUCGCACUGUGGAACUAGUGACAACUAUUGUUGCUGCCAUAGGGGCACUUGUGCCCUGUCUACUGACCCUAACGUCCUACGUGUGUAUCAUCACCUCCAUCCUGAGGAUCCCUUCCAGCACCGGGAGGCAAAAGGCCUUUUCCACCUGCUCCUCCCACCUCAUGGUGCUGACGGUUUUCUACGUGGGUGUGAUCACUGUCUAUGUGGUUCCCAUAGCCAGCACGUCCAAAGCCCUGCACAAAAUAUUAUCUGUCUUCUACAUCGUAUUGACUCCCUUGAUGAACCCCGUCAUCUACAGCCUGAGAAACAAGGAGCUCAGGGAGUCCUUGAGAAAAGCUGUUCAGAAACUGGUUGCUUAUGGAAACGGACAUAGAGAGUUCCGGGACACAUUUUAG